UCUCUCUCUCUCUCUCUCUCUCUCUCUCUCUCUUCUGCAACCCUUUAACCAGACAGAGAACAUGCAGCAUAAUCGUUAUUCUUUCCCCCCAUAACCUCUCGGCCAUGGCUUGGUGCCGCUCCCUCUACUCCUCCUCUAUGCUCAACCUCUCCUUUGAGAACCCCUCUCUCUGUUUGAAUCCUAAAACCCAAACUCCGAAGUUCAAGCUUCUCGCCAUGAAAGAACAGAGACUGUUUUCUUCUCUCAAGGGCUCAAGAUUUCGAUUGAGGUGUUGGGUUUCAGAUUAUGAUAUGGAUUUAGAGAGAGAAAUUUUUUAUUUUAUGGAGAAUUCGAAGAAACCCAACCUUUUUCCGACGAAAGAAGAGUUAAUUGAAGCAGGCCGCAUGGAUUUGGUGGACAGGAUUGUUUCUUGUGGUGGUUGGCUCGCGUCUGGUUGGAAUUUGGAAGAAGAAGAGGAAGUCAGAGAAGAAAAAGAAGAAGAGAAUGAAGGGGAUAGCGGUGAUUUGAUUACUGGUGGUGACGAUGAACUAGGGUUUCGGGAUAUAAAUGAAGAAUUUGAAGAAGGAUAUGGUUCAAAUGUUAGUGUUCCUUCCUCUUCUGGACGGUCCAUAGAGAUGGAGUCUAGUGAUUCUGGGGUUGAAGGGAUUUUGAGCCGGCUGGAGAGAGAAAGGAGUUUUUCAUACAGGGAAGACUCAAGAGAGAAGAGGAGGGAAAGUAAGGAUGACAAUUCUUGGGGAAGAUUAACUGAGCUUUUUGGUGGUAAAUCCAUGGAAGUUGCUGGCCCCAAAAAAAUCAAUGGGUUCAGAUCACUGAACCUAAAAGAAGACAUGUUUGCCGAUUCCGAGGUCUUGUAUUCACCCCUUGAGGCUCACUCUGGUCCUAAUACCAUUACUGCUACAACAUGUACCGUGCAAACACCAUGGAUCAUAGAGAACUUCUCAGAAGAUGAUCAAAUCAGUAUGAGUGCAAGGAAGGAGAGCAAUGAGGGCCAAAAUGAUGGGAUGAGUCACAUUGGGGAGAAAAUAAAUGGUUUUAAUGGAAUUGUCAAAGGAUCGACCAUUGAUGAUCAAGAUAGUUACCAAAAGAGAAUACGGUCCCGCAUACAGAGCUUAGAGUCAGAGCUUAAUUCUAUGCUCAACUCACUCAGAUCACAAACCAAUACUGUUGAUUCAAGAAAGAGUCCAGGAGGCUCCCUCGACGAACUACAUAAGCUCUCUGAUGCUUGGGAGUUUCAGGAGAAUGAAAUUAUGAAUACCCGAUCCAAGUUACGUUCAACUCAUGCCAAGUUAACAGUACUAGAAGGAAAAAUGGCACUUGAAAUUGUGGAAGCUCAGAAGUUAAUUGAAAAGAAACAGAGAAGGAUUGAAGAGGUUCAAAAGGUGUUGAGGCUUCUACAUGAUGCUUGCAUUGUCUGGCCUAAUCCAGGCUCUGAAGUUCUGCUGGCCGGAUCAUUUGAUGGCUGGACGAGUCAGAGAAGGAUGGAAAGGUCAAGUGCAGGUGUGUUCACUUUGAAUUUGAAACUAUAUCCUGGUCGAUAUGAGAUUAAGUUUGUGGUGGAUGGUGUUUGGAGAGUCGAUCCACAACGUCCAAUUGUUUACAAUAACAGUGUUGAAAACAAUCUGCUCAUCAUUUGUUGAUUCAUUCGCCCCACUAAUAACCCCAAUUCAUGUAUUUUUAUUUUUCAUUUGAUCAAAGAAGAGGAUUUCCACUA